CUGAUGGUUUAAGUGUAUCUGGUGAUAAUGCAGCAGUCAUGCCAGCUCCCAGGGUUUGGGUUAGGGCAGAGUAGGGAGUGGGAUGGGAGCUGCUGUCACCACCACCACAGUGAGUGCCUGAGCCAGGCUGGCCACAGCAGUGGGAAUCCUUCUUGGCCAGGGUGUAGGUGACCAGUAGUGCCACCAAAAGUAGAGGUGGGGAGAAGGGGAGUUUGUACAUCGUGCACACCCUUGCAGCACUUCUUCAUAAUGAAAUUUGGCUCAAAGGGAUCUGUGCAAGCAGUGCAUGGAAAAACAUACAUGAGGUUUUUUUGCUUUUUUGCCACUCUUCUAUUUUGCAAUUGCACAGACUUAGCUCAGAGGGUUGAGGUUGAACCCCAGAAAGCAAGUGUCAGAAGACACAGCAUAAUGGUGGCUCUCAGCUUGGCCAACUCUGCCCUUCUGUGCCAAAGGGCCAGAACCAGGCCUGGCUCUGGAUAUUGCCCUUCUGUUUCUGCCAGCUUUCCCCUGUUGGUCACAGUAAGCAAGCCAAGACCCACUGUAUGCUCUUAUCAAUAACCAAGCUGGACAUGUGCCACACUAAGAUCUGUGCUAAUCAUCGGGCAAUUUUGCCUUCAGAACAGAUAUUUAUAAACUUUGCUUUCUGUUUAUCCAGCCAGGUGGAACAUUUGAUAGCUGUCUUUUACCACAAACACAUUUUUAGCUGGAAAUUACUCCCCCUGGUUAUCUGCGGGUGCUGCCAGAGCUGACAAAUGUCCCUGGGCAGGAGCUGAUUGGCUCUGUGCACCCGGGGCCAACUUUAAAUUUCAGUAAAGUGGGCACAGGCUCCACAGGGACCUGCCUCUGACGAGAAAAGGUAAUCUUCUUACCCAGCUUCCUGCCCUGUCUCUUCCUAGCCCUUCAGCUCUGCUGUCCCUGAGUGGGGAUUCUGCUUUCACUCUGGGCAAGCCAAAGUGGGGAUGGGGACAUCCUGAUCCUUGGCUGUGAACAUCUCUUGAGCUUACAUUGCUUUGCACUGCUGAUCCUUGUGCAUGGAUUUCCUUCUGCUGUUUCCUGUAGCACUGCUGGUACGGCUGAAAACAGUCUCUGGGAUGGACCUCCAAGGCCAAGCAAGGGUGGUUGGGUGAAAUGAGAAUUAUUGGGCAAUGGAGAUAUUGCCUCCUGCCAUUUAUGAGUGCUGUGAAAUCCUGCUGCUUUCUUAAUUCAAAUUUAUGAACAUCUUAGCUUGCAGCAACUUUGGGGGAUCAUUUAUCGAAAAUAUCUAUCCAAGCUGCUUUGACAGAGGGAGUUAGGAAGUUUUAAUAGCCGGUGGCAGAGCACCCACUCAGAGCUGCUGGCUGUGCCCUGUGCACAUAGUCCUUCUUCAGAGGAAUGCAGAGAGGCAGGACAAUGCCAAGGGCCGCCUCAAAGCCUGGGAAAAGCCGGGAUCACUGGAAAACCCUGCUGCCAUGGGAGCUUUGGGAUAGCGGGAGCUUUUAGGUUGCUGCUAACCAGAAUUAUUGAGGACCACGAGUCCCAGGAAGACAACACAGCAAUGCUUCACUUUGUGCUUCCAGGAGCAGCCCAAGAUGCAAGCAUCCCUCGUCUGCCUGUGCCUAUGCCUGCUCAGCACAGCCCUUGCCACACCUGUGAGUAUGGCUUUUCCUGGGUUCCCAGCAUACUGCUGCAAGUGUGGGAUGUACUAUCUGGUCCACCCCAGAAUGCUUUCAGCAGAGGGAAAACAUGGGUUGUAGUUGUGUACACCACCUCUGGUGCUUGGGGAGGGCAUUAAGGCAAACAGCAGAGGUGAGCCCAGAAGGAAAAAUAUAUGUUAGCACUGAGGUGGCUGAGCAUGUCCCUUCAGUUUAGCAAUCAGGGCACUGCAUAAGUGUCCGUCUGGGUGGCUGUACCUCCUCCCCUGGAUUUCCGUGGGUCUGGGAUCUGGCCAGUGCUUUUGGCUUGCAAAUAGCCUGAGCCAAGCCACAGGAAGGGGCUUCCCACAAGUGUGGGAAGGAUGCUCAUCUUACCUGUGGGGGGAACAGCGGUCAGAGGGGUGCCUGCAAUUAUUUUCCAGCUCUCCUAAUGUGAAAUUUUGAGAGAUGUAACUAAAAACACAGCAAUCUACGAUGAAUAUAAUAGCAGCCAUUUUUGUCCUGCAAAACUGUUGCUCAGUGUACUAAAUACACAGCUAGAGUGAAAGUUUCCUAGAAAAGGUUUGCUUUUUUUGUCAGGGUAAGGAGGAGGGAAAUCCUGUCUUCCCUGAGCAAUGGGCCUGGUCCCCUCUCAUAUGUCUUUUACCCCCCCAGAGCAAGCUCUCACAACCCAGUCUGUAGCAGGGCAGCCCAGGGGAAGGCAAUAAAUCAGCACAGAUUUGCUUUUCAGAUAGGGGCACAGAAGGGAGCUAAUACUGUGCUGUGUAACCAGAGCUGUAAUCCGGCCUUUGAUACUGUUCACAAACAAUGAAACAACCUGGGAAUAUUCAAUACUUUGGGGUGUGAAGGCUGCUCCUUCAGCUGGGCUUGGGAUAUUUCAGUGACUAAUUUUGCUGAAAUCAAAGAGGACUCACCUCCAUGGGGCUGUCUCUCACUCUGGCACAUAGGGAAUGCCUGCAAUGGCUUUGUGGGGCUCACAGGAUGCUUCCACCAGAAGGUCCCCCAACCCUGAGGGAUGCACUUACCAAUACCCACCAAAAGAUGCCAGGAUAAUCAGGGAGAGCUGGAAGCCUGCAAGCAUGUACAGAAACCUGUCCGUGAGGACAUGGAGGUUGCUGGUCAGUAGCAUAGUAAACACUGGGGAACUCCACCAGUUAACCAGUUCCAGACUCCAAUCACAGAAAAAUCCAAGCAGUAAGAUGAAGCAUUAUUUUGUGAGCAAUGGUACUGUAUAUAAAAAAAUGCUCUGCCAUAAAAUCCUCUGCAGCAGUCUCCAGGAAAAGGUUAUGUGCAGACCUAGAAAUCUAGCAUGCAAUACAAUCAUGCUGUAGCAAAAUUCACAACACUUUUUGGACCCUGGAAAUGGGGAUUUGGCCUUUUCUACUACUCCUGUCUUUAAGUCAGUAUCCCAGGUAGUGCCUGGGAAUUUAUUGGCUUAUCAGUGCAGUUUUCCCACCCUUCCCUGAACAUUGGGCAGGGUGGGUGGCCAGCAGUGGGCACUGGCACCUGCCUGGAUGCUGGGGCACUGUUUGAUGCCUCAGCUCUUGCCUGUGUUUUGCUAUCCACAGGUGCCACCACCGCUGCCAGGGAGAGCUGCUGGGAACUGUGUGGGACAGCACCGGGUAUGUAUCCCUCUGCCACUUCCUGGAGCCUCAGUGGAUACUGGAGGGACCCUACUGCAGUGCCAGACACAGAAAGGGAAACUCCUGCCAAUGCAAUUAAUAAGAAAGUUGUGGGUUUUGGUUAUUUUUUUCCCUACCAGAUACUUCUGAAGGGCUGCAACGCCAAGCAUGGCUUCUACAUUUUCAAAUAUGUCUACUCAUUCUCAACGCGGAGGAACGAGACACAGAUAAAGAAAGAAGAGGCUGACCACCAGAAUAUCAUCCCCAGCCACCGGGUGGAUGAGGACAAUGCCAGGCAGGAGCCACCAGAGGCUGGGACAGCUCCAGAGAACAGUGACAACAGCAGCACUGAAGUAAUCGAGUAUGGGAUUGUCCUCAAGCCUGAAAACCGCAGCACCCCAGGCAUCAGCAGGGAUGGUCCCAGCACUCGCCCUGGCACUGGCACACGAGUGCGUGGCAGUGGCGGUGGCAUGGGUCCCACCCCAUCCAGCUCAGAAGGCAGCGGCGAUCUGGAUCUGGUGGUGGAAGUUGAUGGCGGUGUUCCCAUUCUUCCUCAGGGUGAACACCCCAGUGGGGUUGUGGUGGAGAAUAGGUCCAGUGUCAGGAGUGAGGAUAAGAAUAACGGUGCCCUCAGGGUGGUUCCAGUGGAGGAAGCCGUGACUGCUGGGAGGUGGAGGGCUCCUACCACCAGAGGGGCAGGGGAUGAGGGCAGCAGGGAGGCCACUGUCUCUGGCCAAGGGCAGGAGGGUGUUAAGCAGGGUACAGGGACAGGAGGCAUCACUUCGUCCUCUGUCACUGAGAGGAUGGAGGAUGUCCAAGUGGAUGCUGCAGGUGUGGAUCAAUACGCUUACGUCCCCGAUUCAGGCAGUGUCACCAUCACCCAUGGGAGCCUGGGCAGCACAGACAGGGCCAUCGGCUUCACCCAGGUCUCUCCAGACAAGGAUGAUGAGGUCAACAUCUUCAUUGGGAGGGCCAACAUCCAUGUGGGGGAGCAGGAAAUCACCCAGGCUGGUGUCACAGUGGGUAGUGAGGAUGACGGCACCCCCUCUGUGGGAACCAGAAGCCCCCUCCCCAGGCUGGACAUUACUGCAGCACCCAGUGGUGGUGAAGAUGACAGCAUCCCUGCCCACAGGCAGCCUGAAAGACUGGCCACCACAGCCAUCCCAACCCGUGGGGACAGUGUCACCAGCAGCCUCAGGGAUGGCCGUCUCAAUGGAGAGGAUGAAGAAGGUGCAACCACCAUUGGUGUUGAUAGAGGACUGGUAACCCCUGCCCCCUGGAGAGUCACUAGUGGUGACAUUACCAGCCCCACAGUGGCCAGCAUCCAUACAAAAGAUGAUGAUGAGGUAAGAGGUGAGGGGCAGAGGUCCAAGGGGAAGCCAGACCGUGUGGCUACCACAACCCCCCGCCAGUGGGGUGACAUGGAGACUGCUGCCACUGUCUCAGCCAAGAGGGUCAGCAUCCGCCCGGCCACUACUGAGGAGGACCGCACCACCCAGUCGGUGACAGCCAGCAGCCACAAGGCAGGCACGAGCACUGUGCCGGGCAGAGGAGGGAGUGGGGAGGUGGGGACAGCCACCUCCCGACUCCCCCGUGUGGAGGCACGGCCCGGGGCAGGGAUGAGGGUCCGUCCAGGGGGAGCGGGGCUGGACAAGACACCCAGGAUGGACAAAGCACCAUCCCCAAGUGGGAAACCCAGCAGCUGGGCAUCAAGCGGGACCCAGAGAAGUUCUGGCAGCUAUGAUGGUGAUGCUGGGGGCAGGUCGCAUGCCACCAAAGCAGGGCCCAGCCCCACUCCACAGGCAGGGCAAGACACAGGCAGCAUGACAGCAGGCAAGGGCCGGGAACAGGGGCAAGGCGGAGAGAGCAGGACAGCAGUGCCGGGGGCCAGGAGCGGCCACCUGCCUGGGCAGCAUGGUAGGAGGCUGGGGUCUGGGACGCCGGGCACCAUUGCGACGCUAGGCCGCAGCCGGCAGUUGGACCAGGUGAAACGGGCUGACGAGCUCCACGUCCGUGAGCGGGCCUUUUACAGCCUCGGCGGGGCGGGCGGCGGCCCCCAUGGCCCCUACCCCGGCCUCGGGAGCACCGACAGCAGCCAGUCCUCCGAGGGGGACCGGGGCAGCCACAGCGAGAGCGGACAGAUGGGACUGCAGCCCUCAGGGUGGGGAUCCCCAGGGUACCCCCAAGGCCGCUGGAUGCAGGGGCCCCUCUGAGGUGCGGCCGGUAUCCACCCUGGCAGGCUCCAGCGGUGGAGCUGGGGGGUCCCACACGUCGCGUUUUCCCCCUUGGCAUCCCUGCUGCAGGCUCUGCUCUUGAGUGGGUGAGGGGCAGGUUGCUGGGGGGCACACAGUGCUUCAAAGCCCAGGAGCCAAAAAUCACUGGUUCAUGCAAUCUGCUGUUAAUCUGGGGGAAGCUGGGCAUGGCAGAGCAGGAAUGCACGGGCAUGCUGUGCUAGACAGCCAGGGAACAGCAGCCAUGCUACACAGCGUAGGGUAGUGGUGUUUGUACAUUGAUGUGAAGCAAGUAAAUAAGCAGUGAGAAAAAAAAGCCUGUGUCCUUGCAGUUUCCCUUCCAGCCUACUGGAGAAAUAAAGGCAUUUCUGUACCUGAGGAUCUGCUGACUCUGGUGUUUGCUAUGGGACUUGAGGCAGUCACUCUGCCACAGUGUGCUGGGGGUGGGCUGGUCCUUGGGCAUAAGGGGAUUUCUGGCCCCAGCACAUCCCUGGCCAUGCCAU